UCUCGCCUGGUUAGAUGCCGUUGGCUCAGAUUUUCCUCCGCCGCUUCACUUCAUCCUCACCACCACCACCAUUCACAAGCGACUGUCCCAACCUACGGCGGUAUAACGCAGACCAUGGCAGAGCAGGAGCCUACACCAGAGCAGCUGGCCGCGCUCGCAGCAGCCAACGAGUCUGACGAAAGCUCCGUCAACUACAAACCUCCCGCCCAGAAGAGCUUACAGGAGAUCCAGGCGCUGGACCAGGAUGAUGAAAGCCUGCGCAAGUACAAGGAGACACUGCUGGGCAACGUCGCUGUGGUUGCAGAUCCCAGUGCCCCCAACGUCCAGGUGACGCGAAUGACUCUGUUAUGUGAAACGGCCCCGGGCCCUCUAGUCCUUGACCUGUUGGGAGACCUGGAAAACUUCAAGAAGAACCCAUUUGUGCUGAAGGAGGGAGUCGAAUACAGAAUAAAGAUCAACUUCAAGGUCAACAAGGAAAUUGUGUCAGGCCUGAAGUACACUCAGCAAACCUUCAGGAAAGGAGUAAAACUUGACAAGUCGGACUACAUGGUCGGCAGCUACGGCCCCAGACCGAACCAGGAAUACGAGUUCCUCACCACCAUGGAGGAGGCGCCCAAAGGGAUGCUGACCCGCGGCACCUACACCAUCAAGUCCAAGUUCACCGAUGACGACAAACACGAUCAUCUCUCCUGGGAUUGGUGCCUCACUAUCAAGAAAGAUUGGAAAGACUGAUUUUCCCCCCACCCCCUCUCGCCAUCCUCCAUUGACCUCUUCCUCAGCCUUCUGCCUCUUUCUUUUCCCUGCUGUCAUUCCAUUAUUUCUGUCUGGAUUACAUGUUGAUUUAAGCUUUUGCUCUCUCCGUCCAUCGACAACCUGCUCUUACAGUUUACGUUCUUUUUCUAAAUUCCGAUCACUUCAUCAUUCCUCCCAACGUUAACGCUUCAUUUGUUUGCAUCUGCCUUUUUCUGUUAAGUAUUACAUCUUAGAAAUGGAGAAAGCAAACAAUGUGCACAAUCCAGAUUUUACUGUAAUGGUUUGUUUAUAAAAGGAAAAAAAAUAAGUAAAAAAAAAAUCUAGUCGUUUAACUGCUCUUGGAAAAGUGAUAAACUAUGUGAUUCCCACUGCCCUUUAGCGCUUUCUUUUCUUCCCCCUUUUCACUUAUCAGAUUGUUUUGUACAAUUACCGCGAUCUGCCUUGGAAAGCAUUGUACAGGUAGCAGUAGUGCUGUAUGUACGUAGCCACUGUACGGUCAUUGCUGGACACAGCCCUCCUAAAGCCUCUGAGCCGAUUAUUUGUACCAGGGUCUUGGUUAAAUAUUUGGAAUUUAGGCCACCUCUUUUUUUAAAUGAUUUAGCACCCUACAGCUGACAGAACGGGGGGGACAUUAUUACCUCUAACCCCUUGUGACCCCUCUCUGUAGGUGUGGCUGUUGCUCUCCUGAUCAGGGUAUUUUGGCAGGUUUGUUAGCAGCCAUGUGGCCUUAACAAGAACCCAUAGGAAGAAAGUCAACUUAAUUAAGCCAUUUGCCUUCAGAUUAUAUUUGCCAGGCCACCAUGUGAGUCUGUUUUUUUUAAACAAUAGGUAAUACAAGGACAGGGAGUCGGGACUAAGGACUUUUAACACCUUUUUUUUUAUUUCAGGUUUGACAAGUUGUUAAACCAUUACGUGUUGGUGUCGAUCAUAUUAGCUCUAUUUACAUCUUUUUCUUUGCAGUACUUGUAGCUGUCUAAAUAUCAGAACUGUAAAGAUGGGUAUUUAGGUUGUAAUGGUUCUUUGUCACAUGGUGUCCUCUCGAGUCCCCGAGGCCAUAUUUCCAGCGUGUCCAAGGUCUGUUAAACCGCUCACCUUGUAUUACUCAAGUUUAGAAUUUUCCAAUGCUGACUGUGCCUCCAGUCUCUUACAAUCACAUGCUGCUCCCGCUGACUCAGUGGCACUAAUGUGCUCAACAUCAGUCAGGUGAAAAGUUUUCUGUAAUUGACUUCUAAAACCAGAGACAUCAGCCCCACCCAGACAUAAGUCUUUAUUUUAUUUUUUUGAUAUACACUCCAGAAGUAUGGGAAUGAAGUCCGUUCCUGCAGCUUCAUUAAGCGCUCGUGUCACGGACUGAUGGUUUUUUUUUUUCUCUGUGGGUUUGGGUUUGACUCAAUGUAUGCUACUUGUAUUACUGAUCUCCUGUGUUCACAAUAAAGUGUUCAGACAGAG